AUGGUCGCCGCUGCAGCUAAAAACAAGAAAAAACAGCCUUCCAUCCCUCUCCAAGACCUAGACAUUCCUCAGUUGAAUACCUCUAGCAAUCCCCAAACAAAAGUUCAGAAAAAAGGGAAAAAGAAAGGAAAAAAAUUUGCCGAAUCUUCCGAUGAUUUGCAUCAUAUACUAAACAAGGUCGCUUAUGAAUUGGACGAUCGAAUCAAGUCCAAACUACAAGUAGCUCAUGAACGCGAAGCCGCCAUGGGCUCUUCUAUAGCCUCUACAGAAUCGGCUCCUUUGAAAAAAGAAACGAAAAAGAAGGACACAAAAAAGGAUAAAAAGAAUGCAAAGUAA